AUGACUAUUGCCUUUCUGGGUCUGGCCAUCUACUUGCUCCACUGUGCAACCUGUGAGAAACCCCUAGAAGGAAUCCUUUCAUCUUCAGCUUGGCACUUCACCCACUCCCUCUACAAUGCCACCAUCUAUGAGAACUCUGCGCCCAAAACCUAUGUGGAGAGCUCUGUGAAAAUGGGUGUCUACCUCGCAGAUCCCCAGUGGACAGUGAGGUACCGAAUCAUCUCCGGGGAUGUGGCCAAUGUUUUUAAAACAGAGGAGUACGUGGUGGGCAACUUCUGCUUUUUGAGGAUAAGGACAAAGAGCAGCAACACGGCCCUUCUCAACAGGGAGGUGCGAGACAGCUACACUCUCAUCAUCCAAGCCACGGAGAAGACCUUGGAGUUGGAAGCUUUGGCUCGCGUGGUGGUCCACAUCCUGGACCAGAACGAUCUAAAGCCUCUCUUCUCCCCGCCUUCAUACCGAGUCACCAUCCCUGAGGAUAUACACCCCAGGAGCUCCAUCUGCAAGGUGACUGCCACAGACGCAGACCUGGGCCAGAAUGCCGAGUUCUACUACACCUUCAACACGAGGUCAGAGGUGUUUGCCAUCCAUCCCACCAGCGGUGUGGUCACCGUGGCUGGGAAGCUCAAUGCUACCUGGCAAGGGAAGUAUGAACUGCAGGUGCUGGCCGUGGACCGCAUGCGGAAAAUCUCUGAGGGCAAAGGUUUUGGCAACAUGGCUGCCCUGGUCAUCCAUGUGGAGCCAGCUCUCAGGAAGCCCCCUGCCAUUGUUUCGGUAGCCAUGACUCCACCAGGUGACAAUGAGGAUAUCACCUACGCUACCGUGGUGGUCAACACAGAUGAUUCAGGAACUGCUGUGGAAUCUGUGGAAGUUGUUGGUGGUGACCCUGGAAAGCACUUUAAAGCAAUCAAAUCUUACGCCCAGAGCAACGAGUUCAAUUUGGUGGCCAUCAAAGACAUCAACUGGAUGGAGCACCAGCAAGGCUUCAACCUCAGCCUCCAGGCCACGGGUGGGGGCAGAUCUCCUUCCCAUUCCCCGCCCUGGGGCUUCCACCUGCCUGCCUCUGCACUGGUUUCUCUCCGAUUCGAGAAGACUACCUACAGGGUGCAGCUUAGUGAGUUUGCCCCCCCUGGCAGCCGCGUGGUGAGGGUGAGAGUAACUCCGGCCUUCCCCAACCUGCAGUAUGUGCUGAAGCCAUCCCCUGGGAGCACAGAGUUCAGACUGAACACACGCACUGGGUUGAUCACCACCACGAGGUUCAUGGACGUGCACGAUGGCACUCACUACCAGCUGCAUGUCAGAACCACCCUAGGCCUGGCCUCUACAGUGGUCAUCAUUGACAUCAUGGACUGUAACAACCAUGCCCCUAUUUUCAACAGAUCUUCCUACGAGGGCACCCUGGAUGAGAACAUCCCUCCAGGCACCAGCGUUCUGGCGGUCACUGCCACAGACUUGGAUCCUGGGGAGAACGGGUUCAUCACUUACUCCAUCACUGGUCCCAAAGGCGUGCCAUUUUCCAUCGAUCCUUAUCUGGGGAUCAUCUCCACCUCCAAACCCAUGGACUACGAGCUCAUGAGAAGAGUUUAUACCUUCCGGGUUCGGGCAUCAGAUUGGGGCUCCCCCUUUCGCCGAGAGAAGGAAGUAUCCAUUUCUCUCAGGCUCCAGAACUUGAACGACAACCAGCCUAUGUUUGAGGAUGUCAACUGCACAGGAUCUAUUGGCCGAGACUGGCCGGUGGGGAAGUCAGUGAUGACCAUGUCAGCCAUAGAUGUGGAUGAGCUACAGAACCUAAGAUACGAGAUUGUGUCAGGCAACGAGCUAGACUAUUUUGACAUCCAUCACUUCUCUGGAGUGGUAUCCCUCAAGCGGUCUUUGAUAAAUCUUACUGUGGGUCAACCCACCAGCUAUUCACUCAAGAUUACAGCCUCCGACGGCAAAAACUAUGCUUCUCCCACCACGCUGAAUCUCACUGUGGUAAAGGAUCCUCGUUUUGAGGUCCCCGUGACCUGUGAUAAGACAGGGGUACUGGCACAUUUCACAAAGACCAUCCUUCACUCGGUUGGACUUCAGAACCAGGAGUCCAAUGAGGAUGAGUUCAUGUCCUUUAGCAUGUAUCAGGCCAAUCGUCACCCCCCGCAGUUUGAGGACCACUUCCCCCAGUCCAUUGACAUCCUUGAGCGUGUCCCCAUUGACACCCCCUUGGCCCGCCUGGCAGCCACUGACCCUGAUGCUGACUUUAAUGGCAAACUGGUCUAUGUGAUUGCAGAUGGCAACGAGGAGGGCUGCUUUGAUAUUGAACUGGAGACAGGGUUGCUCUCCGUAGCUGCUUUGCUGGAUUACGAAACCACCAGCUUCUAUAUCCUCAAUAUAACUGUGUAUGACCUCGGCACUCCCCAGAAGUCCUCCUGGAAGCUCUUGACGGUGAACGUGAAAGACUGGAAUGACAACGCCCCCAGAUUCCCUCCAGGAGGGUACCAGCUAACCAUCUCGGAGAACACAGAUGUUGGAACCACAAUCGCAGUGCUGAAAACAGAAGAUGCCGACUCUGAGGACAAUGGGAGGGUUCGCUACUCCCUGCUGAGCCCAACAGAAAAGUUCUCCCUGCACCCUCUCACCGGGGAACUGGUUGUCACGGGACCCCUCGACCGGGAAUCAGAACCUCAGCAUGUCCUCAAGGUGGAGGCCAGGGACCAGCCUCGCAAGGGCCACCAGCUCUUCUCUGUCACAGACCUCAUAGUCACGUUGGAGGACACCAAUGACAACUCCCCACAGUGUAUCACAGAGUUCAGCAGCCUGAAGGUUCCAGAGGACCUGCCCCCAGGCACAAUCUUGGCCUUCUUGGACGCCUCUGACCCCGACCUGGGCUCUGCAGGUGAAGUGCGUUAUGUCCUAUUAGAUGAUGCCCAUGGGACCUUCAGGGUGGACCUGACGACUGGCGCACUGAGUCUAGAAAGGGAGCUGGACUUUGAGAGGCGGGCUGGAUACAAUCUGAGCCUGUGGGCCAGUGACAGUGGGAAGCCCGUGGCCCGCAAGACUCUGUGCCACGUGGAGGUGAUAGUCCUGGAUGUGAACGAGAACCUCCACCCGCCACGCUUCGCCUCUUUUGUGCACCAGGGCCAGGUGCAGGAGAACAGCCCCUCGGGAACUCCAGUGCUGCUGGUGGCUGCUCACGAUGACGACAGUGGCCUGGACGGGGAGCUCCAGUACUUCCUGCGGGCUGGCACUGGUCUUGCUGCCUUCAGCAUCAAUCAGGACACAGGAAUGAUCCAGACUCUGGCACCCUUGGACCGCGAGUUUGCACCCUUUUAUUGGCUGACGGUACUGGCGGUGGACAGGGGUUCCGUGGCCCUCUCUGCUGUCACUGAAGUCUACAUAGAGGUCACAGAUGCCAAUGACAACCCACCCCGCAUGUCGAGACCUGUGUUCUACACCUCCAUCCUGGAGGGUGUGCCAGUGGGCACCUCCGUGCUUCAGCUGGAAGCCUGGGACCCAGACUCCAGCUCCAAAGGGAAGCUGACCUUCAAUAUCACCGGCGGGGACCACAUGGGAUUCUUUAGUAUUCACCCUUUCACAGGUCUCCUCUCCUCUGCCCGGCAGCUGGACCGGGAGAACAAGGAAGAACACAUCCUGGAGGUGACUGUCCUCGACAAUGGAGAACCCACCCUGAAGUCCACAUCGAGGGUGGUGGUGCACAUCUUGGAUGUCAAUGACAACCCACCUGUGUUCUCCCACAAGCUCUUCAAAGUCCGCCUUCCUGAGAAGCUGAACCCAGCAUCACCUGCGCCAGUGUACAGGCUGGUGGCCUCAGACCUGGAUGAGGGGCUCAAUGGCAAGAUCAGCUACAGUAUUGAGGAGAGUGAAGAGGAGGGCUUCAGCAUCGACCCCACCACGGGUGUCGUGUCAUCCAGCAGCAUCUUUGCAGCUGGAGAGUACAACAUCCUCACGAUCAAAGCAACAGACAGCGGGGAGCCGCCACUCUCAGCCAGUGUUCGGCUACACAUAGAGUGGAUCCCCACACCUCGUCCAUCCUCUAUGCCACUGGUCUUUGAGGAGACUCACUACAGCUUCACAGUCAUGGAGACAGACCCUGUGAACCACAUGGUGGGGGUCAUCAGUGUAGAGGGUAGACCCGGCCUCUUCUGGUUCAACAUCUCAGGUGGAGAUAAAGACAUGGACUUUGACAUUGAGAAGACUACAGGCAGCAUUGUCGUUGCCAGGCCUCUCGAUACGAGGAGGAGGUCGAGCUAUAACUUGACCGUGGAGGUGACGGAUGGCUCCCACACCAUUGCCACCCAGGUUGACAUCUUCAUGAUUGCUAACAUUAACCACCAUCGGCCUCAGUUUCUAGAAUCUCAUUAUGAGGUCAGGGUUCCCCAGGAUACCCUGCCUGGGGUGGAACUCCUUCGGGUCCAGGCCACGGAUCAAGAUCAGGGCAAGGGGCUCAUCUAUACCAUACACAGCAGCCAAGACCCAGAAAGUGCCAGUCUCUUCCAGCUAGACCCCAGCAGUGGUGUUUUGGUAACUGUGGGGAAGCUGGAGCUGAGCUCGGGGCCCUCCCAGCACACACUGACAGUUAUGGUCCGAGACCAGGAAAUGCCCAUCAAGAGGAACUUUGUGUGGGUGACCAUUCACGUGGAAGAUGGAAAUCUCCACCCACCUCACUUCACCCAGCUCCAUUAUGAGACAAGUGUUCCCGACACUGUAGCCCCCGGUACGGAGCUGCUGCAGGUCCGCGCCACAGAUGCUGACCGGGGAGCUAAUGCUGAGGUCCACUACUCCCUCUUGAAAGGAAACAGUGUGGAUUUUUUCACCAUCAAUGCCCUACUAGGCAUCAUCACCGUAGCCCAGAAACUCGACCAGACAAGUCGUGCCCGGCACACUCUGACAGUGAAGGCUGAGGAUCAAGGCACCCCAAGGCGGCAUGCCCUGGCGACAGUGAUCAUUCAUGUGCACCCCUCUGACAGCAGUGCCCCCAUCUUUUCCAAAGUGGAAUACUUCAUAGAGGUCCCAGAGUCCAUCCCCAUUGGUUCUCCAAUCCUCCUCAUCUCUGCUACAAGCUCCUCUGAAGUCACUUAUGAGCUAAGGGAGGGAAACAAAGAUGAUGUGUUCUCCAUAAACUCAUAUUCAGGCCUCAUUUCCACCCAGAAGAUCUUGGACCAUGAGAAAAUCUCUUCCUACCAGCUGAAAAUCCGCGCCAGCAACAUGGCGGGUGCGUUUUCUGAUGUCAUGGUACUUAUUUACAUAAUAGAUGAAAAUGAUAACACUCCCAUGUUCUCAAAGUCAACUUUUGUGGGCCACAUCAGUGAAGCUGCCCCAUUACACAGCAUGGUCAUGGAUGAAGAAAACAACCCCUUUGUGAUUCAUGCUUCUGACAGGGACAAGGAAGCCAACUCCUUGUUGGUCUAUAAAAUUUUGGAGCCAGAGGCUCUGAAGUUUUUCAGAAUUGAUCCCAGCAUGGGAACCCUGACCAUUGUAUCAGAGAUGGAUUAUGAGAGCAUGCCUUCCUUCCAAUUCAGUGUCUAUGUCCACGACCAAGGGAGCCGCAUUUUAUUUGCGCCCAAGCCUGCCAAAGUCAUCAUUAAUGUCACAGACGUGAACGACUCUCUUCCCAAGUUCUCAGAACAGAUCUAUGAAGUGGCUAUCGUGGGACCUGUCCAUCCAGGUAUGGAGCUCCUGACAGUGCAGGCCAGGGAUGACGAUUCUGAAGUCAGUUACAGCAUCAAAACUGGCAAUGCUGAUGAAGCUGUUGCCAUCCAUCCCAUCACUGGCCAAAUCUCUGUGCUGAAUCCUGCCCUCCUGGGACUCUCUCGGAAGCUCACUGUCAGGGCUUCAGAUGGCCUCUAUCAAGAUACUGCUGUGGUAAAAAUUGCUUUGACCCAAGUUGUUGACACAAGCUUACAGUUUGACCAGGAUGUUUAUAAGGCAACAGUGCAGGAAAAUUUACAAGACAGAAAGGCACUGGUAAUUCUUGGUGUCCGGGGUAAUCAUUUGAAUGACACCCUCUCCUACUUCCUCUUGAAUGGCACAGAUAUGUUUCGUAUGGUCAAGUCAGCAGGUGUACUGCAGACGAGAGGCGUGGCAUUCGACCGAGAGCAGCAGGACACUCACGAGGUGGUGGUGGAAGUGAGGGACAACAGGACUCCUCAGCGGGUGGCUCAGGCUCUCGUCAGAGUCUCUGUUGAGGAUGUCAAUGACAAUUCCCCCAGGUUUAAGCAUCUGCCUUAUUACACAAUCAUCCAAGACGGCACAGAGCCAGGGGAUGUCCUCUUUCAGGUCUCUGCCACUGAUGAGGACUUGGGACCAAACGGGAUAGUCACAUAUGCGUUUGCAGAAGAUUACAUGUAUUUCCGAAUUGACCCUUAUCUGGGGGACAUAUCGCUCAAGAAACCUUUUGAUUAUCAAGCUUUAAAUAAGUAUCACCUUAAAGUUAUUGCUCGGGAUGGAGGGAUUCCAUCACUCCAGACAGAGGAGAGGGUGCUUGUCACUGUGAGAAAUAAAUCCAACCCACUCUUUCAGAGUCCUUACUACAAAGUCAGAGUGCCUGAGAAUAUCACGCUCUAUACUCCGAUUCUGCACACUCAGGCCCGGAGUCCAGAGGGACUCCGGCUCAUCUAUAACAUUGUGGAGGAGGAGCCACUGAUGCUUUUCACCACCGACUUUAAAACUGGCGUCCUAACAGUGACAGGGCCUCUGGACUAUGAGUCGAAGACCAAACAUGUGUUCACGGUCAGAGCCACAGACACAGCUCUGGGGUCAUUUUCGGAAGCCACAGUGGAAGUCCUAGUAGAGGACAUCAAUGAUAAUGCUCCCACUUUCUCCCAGUUGGUCUAUACCACUUCGGUCUCUGAGGGCUUGCCUGCUCAGACCCCCGUGAUCCAACUGUUGGCUUCUGACCAAGACUCGGGGCAGAACCAGGAUGUCUCCUAUCACAUCGUGGAGGAUGGCUCAGAUGUUUCCAAAUUCUUCCAGAUCAACGGUAGCACAGGGGAGCUGUCCACAGUCCGAGAACUGGAUUAUGAAGCGCAACAACACUUUCAUGUGAAGGUCAGGGCCAUGGACAGAGGAGAUCCUCCACUUACUGGUGAAACCCUUGUGGUUGUCAAUGUGUCUGACGUUAAUGACAACCCCCCAGAGUUCAGACAACCUCAGUAUGAAGCCAAUGUCAGUGAGCUAGCAACCUGUGGACACUUGGUUCUUAAAGUGCAAGCUCUUGACCCUGACAGCCAGGACACUUCCAAUCUGGAAUACCUGAUUCUUUCUGGCAAUCAGGACCGGCACUUCACCAUCAACAGCUCAUCAGGCAUAAUUUCUAUGUUCAACCUUUGCAAAAAGCAACUGGAUUCAUUCUACAAUUUGAGGGUAGGUGCUUCUGAUGGGGUCUUCCGAGCAACUGUGCCUGUCUACAUUAACACCACGAAUGCCAACAAGUACAGCCCCGAGUUCCAGCAGCAUGUUUAUGAGGCAGAAUUAGCAGAGAAUGCAAAGGUGGGAACCAAGGUGAUAGAGUUGUUGGCUAUAGACAAAGACAGUGGGCCCUAUGGCACUGUUGAUUAUACUAUCAUCAAUAAACUAGCAGGGGAGAAGUUCUCCAUUAACCCCACUGGCCAGAUUGCCACUCUGCAAAAACUGGAUCGAGAAAAUUCAACAGAAAGAGUCAUUGCUAUCAAGGUCAUGGCUCGGGAUGGAGGAGGAAGAGUGGCCUUCUGCACCGUAAAGAUCAUCCUCACAGAUGAAAAUGACAAUGCCCCCCAGUUCAAAGCAUCUGGAUACACUGUGUCCAUCCCAUCCAAUGUCAGCAAAGACUCCCCAGUCAUCCAGGUGCUGGCUUAUGAUGCAGAUGAAGGUCGGAACGCAGACGUCACAUACUCUGUGGACUCAAUGGAGGACUUGGCAGAAGAAAUCAUUGAGGUCAACCCAAUAACUGGUGUGGUCAAGGUGAAGGAGAGCCUGGUAGGAUUGGAAAACCAGGCCUUUGACUUCAAAAUCAAAGCCCAAGAUGGGGGCCCUCCUCACUGGGACUCUCACGUGCCAGUGAGACUUCAGGUUGUUCCCAAUGAAGUAGCUUUGCCUAAAUUUUCUGAACCUCUCUACUCUUUCUCGGCCUCUGAAGACCUUCCAGAGGGGUCUGAAAUUGGAUUUGUUAAAGCUGUGGCAGCUCAAGAUCCCAUCAUCUACAGUCUAGUGCAGGGCACCACGCCGGAGAGCAACAAGGAUGGCGUCUUCUCCUUGGACCAAGACACAGGGGUCCUAAAGGUGAAGAAGGCCUUGGACCAUGAGUCCACCAAAUGGUACCAGAUUGAUCUGAUGGCCCAUUGCCCCCACGAGGACACAGACUUGGUGUCUUUGGUCUCUGUCAACAUCCAAGUAAAAGAUGUCAAUGACAAUAGACCUGUCUUUGAGGCUGAUCCAUACAAAGCUUUCCUCACAGAGAAUAUGCCAGGGGGAACCACAGUCAUCCAAGUGACAGCCAAUGACCAGGACACUGGGAAUGAUGGCCGGGUGAGCUACAGGCUGUCAUCAGAUGCUGGCAACAAUAUCCAUGAGCUUUUUGCCAUUGAUAGUGAAACUGGAUGGAUUACCACACUCCAGGAACUUGACUGUGAAACCCGCCAGAACUACCAGUUUCAUGUGGUGGCCUAUGACCAUGGACAGACCAUUCAGCUAUCUUCUCAGGCACUGGUAGAGGUUUCAGUUACAGAUGAGAAUGACAAUGCUCCCCGAUUCGCUGCAACAGACUACAGAGGCUCUGUGGUAGAGAACAGUGAGCCUGGGGAACUUGUGGUCACUUUGAAGACCUUGGAUGCGGACAUCUCUGAGAAGAACAGGCAGGUCACCUGCUAUAUCACAGAGGGAGAUCCUCUGGGCCAGUUUGGCAUCAGUCAAGUUGGGGAUGAGUGGAGAAUUUCUUCGAGGAAGAUCCUGGACCGUGAGCACAUGGCCAAGUACUUGCUCAGGAUCACAGCAUCUGAUGGCAAAUUCCAGACUUCCGUCCCAGUGGAGGUUUUUGUCCUGGACAUCAAUGACAACAGUCCCCAGUGUUCCCAGCUUGUCUACACUGGCAAAGUCCAGGAAGAUGUGCCCCCGGGGCACUUCAUUUUGAAAGUGUCUGCCACAGACAUGGACACGGACACCAAUGCUCAGAUCACGUAUUCUCUGCAUGGUCCGGGGGCACAUGAGUUCAAGAUGGAUCCACAUACAGGGGAGCUGAGCACACUCACAGGCUUGGACCGAGAGAGGAAGGAGCUGUACAACCUUGUAACCAAGGCAACAGAUGGAGGCGGCCGUUCAUGCCAGGCAGACAUCACCCUGCAGGUGGAGGAUGUGAAUGACAAUGCCCCACGGUUCUUUCCAAGCCACUGCUCCGUGGCCGUCUUUGACAACACCACAGUGAAGACCCCGGUGGCUGUUGUAUUUGCCCGGGAUCCUGACCAAGGCAUCAACGCCCAGGUGGUUUACUCCUUGACCGACUCUGCGGAAGGCCACUUUUCCAUCGACGCCACCACGGGUGUGAUCCGCCUAGAGAAGCCGCUGAGGGCCAGGCCCCAGGCGGCACUGGAGCUAACAGUACGUGCCUCGGACCUGGGCACCCCUAUCCCGCUCUCCACGCUGGGCACUGUCACAGUCUCCGUGGUGGGUCUUGAGGACUACCUGCCCGUGUUCCUGAGCCCUGAGCAUGGCAUACGGGUACGGGAGGAUACGCCGCUGGGCACCGAGGUGCUGCACCUGGCCCCGCUCACUCGUCCUGGCUCUGAGAAGAGCGGCUACAGUGUGGUCAGCGGCAAUGAGCAGGGGAGCUUCCGCCUGGACACACGUACAGGGAUCCUGUAUGUCAACCGGAGCCUGGAUUUUGAAACGAGCCCCAAGUACUUCCUUUCCAUCGAGUGCAGCCGCAAGGGCUCUUCUGCCCUCAGUGACACGAUCACUGUGGUGGUCAAUGUGACUGAUAUCAACGAACACCGGCCCAGAUUCCCUCAGGAGCUCUAUGGCCUGAAGGUCUUGGAGAACGCAAUGGUGGGGGACGUGGUCUUCACGGUGACAGCGACGGAUGCAGAUGGACCCCUAAAUAGUGCCAUUACGUAUAGUCUCGUGGAAGGGGACCAGCUUGGGCACUUCACCAUCCAUCCCAAGAAGGGGGAACUACAGGUGGCAAGAGCCCUGGAUUGGGAACAGACCCCUAGCUAUUCCCUGAAGCUCCGAGCCACAGACAGUGGGCAGCCCCCUCUGCAUGAGGACACAGACGUCGCUAUCCAAGUGGUUGAUGUCAAUGACAACCCGCCAAGAUUCUUCCAGCUCAACUACAGCACCACCAUCCAGGAGAACUCCCCCAUUGGCAGCAAAGUCUUGGAACUGAUCCUGAGCGACCCAGACUCUCCACAGAAUGGCCCCCCAUAUUCCUUCCAAAUCACCAAGGGGAAUACUGGCUCUGCUUUCCGAGUGACGCCAGAUGGCUGGCUGGUGACCACCAUGGGCCUGAGCAGGAGGCUCCAGGAAUGGUACCAGCUGCACAUUGAGGUAUCAGACAGCGGCAUCCCGCCCCUCUCAUCUUCCACCUUGGUCAGCAUCCACGUCACAGAGCAGAGCCAAUACCCACCGUCCGCCCUGCCCCUUGAAAUCUUCAUCACCAUCGGCGAGGAGGAGUUCCAGGGAGGCAUGGUGGGCAAAAUCCAUGCCACUGACCAAGACCCACAGGACACACUAACCUAUCGGCUGGCAGAAGAGGAGACACUGGGCAGCCGCUUCUCCGUGGGCACUCCCGAUGGCAAGAUUAUUGCCAUGCAGGGUCUGCCUCCUGGCCGCUACUCUUUCAACGUCACAGUCAGCGAUGGGACCUUCAGCACUGUGGCUGGGGUCCACGUGCAUGUGUGGCACAUGGGGCGGGAAGUGCAGCAGCCAGCUGUGUGGAUGGGCUUCCACCAGCUCACACCAGAGGAGCUGGUGAGCGACCACUGGCGGAACCUGCAGAGGUUCCUCAGCAACAAGCUGGAUAUCAGGCGAGCCAACAUCCACUUGGCCAGCCUACAGCCUGCAGAGGCCGCAGCUGGUGUGGACGUGCUCCUGGUCUUUGAGGGGCAUACUGGAACCUUCUACAAGCUGCAGGAGCUGGCAGCCAUCAUCACGCGCUCAGCCAAGGAGAUGGAGCACGCAGUGGGAAUUCAGAUGAGAUCAGCUAUGCCCGUGGUGCCCUGCCAGGGACCAAGCUGCCAGGGUCAAGGCUGCCAAGAGACAGUGCACCUGGACCCCGAGGUUGGGCCCACAUAUAGCACGGCCAGGCUCAGCAUCCUCACCCCACGGCACCGCCUUGAGCAGAACUGCUCUUGCAAUGGCACUGCUGCAAGUUUCCGUGGACAAAGUUAUGUGCGGUACAGACCACCUGAGGCUCAGAAUUGGCACAUCCAUUUCUACCUGAAAACGCUCCAGUCGCAGGCCGUUCUCCUGGUCACCAAUGAGACAGCAUCGAUUUCCCUGAAGCUGGCCAAUGGCAUGCCCCAGCUGGAAUACCACUGCCCAGGUGGAUUCCAUGGAAACCUAUCCUCACAGCACCAAGUGAAUGAUUACGAGUGGCACUCCAUCCUGCUGGAGCAGACAACUGCUUCCAUUCAGCUGUCAGUUGAUGGCGUGGCCAACACCUCCCUCCUGGUCGCAGAGAACUGCUAUGCUCUGAGGCCCACAAGACACCUCCUGCUGGGUGGCCUUGUCUUGCAUCCUUCCUCAAAUGUCUCUCAAGGCUUUGAAGGCUGCAUGGACGCCCUUGUGGUCAAUGGAGAGGAACUUCUGAUCCAUGGCAAGAAGUUGGCAGGCUUGCUGGAGAGGCAGGCCCUCACCCAGUGCUGCUCCCCUCGAGACAACUGCCACCACAACCCAUGCCUCAACGGCGGGAGGUGCUCCCAGACCCACGGGGCAGGAUAUGUCUGCACGUGUCCCCUACCAUUCUCCGGAAAGCACUGUGAACGAACACGGGAGAACUGCACCACCAUACCUUGCCUGGAGGGUACAACUUGCGUCUCCUCCUCGGAAGGGGCUUCCUGCAUCUGCCCACACCUCUCCACUGGAGGCCGGUGUGAAAUGGAAGCAAGAGGCUGCUCCGAAGGACACUGCCUGGUCACUCCAGAGAUCAAGAGGGGAGACUGGGGCCAGCAGGAGCUGCUCAUUGUCCUCGUUACUGCCACUUUUGUCAUCCUCACCACCGUGGGCUUUCUCUUCUACUGCCGCCGCUGCAAGUCACACAAGCCCGUAGCCAUAGAGGACCCAGACCUCCUGGCAAGAAGUGUGGGUGUUGACACCCAAACCAUGCCAACCCUCGAGCUCAACCCCCUGGGCGAUACCAGCUCCUGCGACAACCUACACCAGCCCGAGCCCAGCAAGAGCUCGGUGCCAAGUGAGCUGGUCACCUUUGGGCCCAGCUCGAAGCAGCGGCCCAUGGUUUGCAGCGUGCCUCCCAGGCUCCCACCCACCGUGGUCCCUUCUCACAGGAAUGCCGAGCCCAUCAUCAAGAGAAGCUGGUCGGGAGAAGAGAUGGUGUACCCAGGCGGAGCAGCAGUCUGGCCCCCCACCUACUCCAGGAAAGAACGCUGGGAGUACCCACACGCCGAUGCCAAGCAGGGUCCUCCGCAGCCCUCGCUGCACCGCCACUCCACCCCGGCGGCCUUGAUGCCCGAGCCCGCAGGCCUCUAUGGGGGCUUCCCCUUCCCCCUGGAGAUGGAGAACAAGAGGGCGCCCCUCCCGCCCCGUUACAGCAACCAGAACCUGGAAGACUUACUGCCCCCACGGCCCCCCAGUCCCCGAGAGCACCUGCUGGCCCCCUGCCUCAACGAGUACACAGCCAUCAGCUACUACCACUCGCAGGUCCGGCAGGCCGGGGCAGGACCCUGCCUGGCCGAGGGCGGCUACAAGGGGGUGAGCAUGCGCCUCAGCCGGGCGGGGCCCUCUUACGCCCACUGCGAGGGAGAGGGGCCGCCUCCUGCAGUUCGCGGCCACCCUCGGAACCCUCCCAACUACGCAGGCUCCGACAUGGUGGAGAGCGAUUACGGGAGCUGUGAGGAGGUCAUGUUCUAG